AUAUCAGUUUAAGUUAUGGUCUAGUGUAAUAUCACACACUGUGGUAACUGUGCCUCACUCUUAUAACUGUAUUCUAACAAGACAGUAAAUGAAUUGACUUUUAGGUAUUAUUUUUAUAAUUUUAUUUUUCAAGACAAAAUAAGCCAAAGGUUCAUAUGUCUAAAGUUACGGGACUAAUAUAAAUAAUAUUUAUUUAAGUGAAAUACAGCCAAAAGGAGAAUUAUUAUAUUAUAUGCAUCGUCUGAAUAACAAAACGUAAGAUAGUUUUAUGACAGCAGAUCAAAAUUCUUAUGAAUAUCCAGAAGCGCAAAUUCUCAACUGCCAUGUGAUCAAUACCCUUAAACUUGGACACGAUAUUCUCUAAGCUACAAUUCUGUUGUCUCUUAAGCCAAAAGAAUUUUCUUUAAUUAGAGGCCUUGACUAAUUUCUGUAAAAAAAUAGUGUAUGGAUAAAAAAGGAAACAUAAGAAAACAAUAAGAAACAAUAAAAAAAGUAUAUAUAAAUAUAUGGAAAUAUAAUAACUAAAACAACACUCAGAGGAUUUCUUUAACUUACUGAAUAAAUUCUACAGAGACUUCAAUUUGAAAACUGAUGCAAAGAUGGAUGGAGCAUUUCGGGCUGCUAAACAGCGGGACAAAAUGCUUAUAUUGCUCCCGCCUAGAGAAUGUAUUACCCCACAUCAACUGUGCUACAGUUUUCAUGAAAACACAACAAAUACAAUGGAACAUUGGAUGGAAGUAUCAAAUUACGUCUGCUAUGUUGCCCUUCCAAUUAUUUUGGUUUUCUGCCUGUUAGGCAAUAUUGUGAAUAUAGCGGUGCUUUCUAAACAAUUCAGAACUUCUAUGGAUACGUAUUUACUAGGACUUUCAAUAGCAAGUGUACUUUUUGUUGUUUCAACGAUCGUUUACAAUGUGCAACAUUAUGUUGGGUAUACAGAUUAUUUUGUUUGGGUGCAGAAAUACGCUGUUAUUAGUCGGGACUGGUUCUGGUUUGCAACGAUAUGGCUGCUCAUAUUAAUGAGCUUAGAACGCUCAAUAACGGUAACUUCUAGAAAAGCUCAAUCACUCUGUUCUCCGACUCAGGCUGCUAUCGUUGUUAUACUUGUUUAUAUAAUCGGUUUCAUAAGUGCACUUCCUCGGUACUGGGAAUAUGAAGUAGUUCAGCAGGGAAGUCUGUAUCACGAACAGACAUUCAUCACAUUGAAAAAAUCAACAGACGAGAAAAUUCGGGAAUAUAGAGCCAUUUAUUACUGGUACAUAACAUCAAUAACAAUCUUUCUCCCAACACCACUUUUGUUUUUCAUGCUGUUCCCAUUAUGUUAUGGAACAAGGCAAACUGUGAUUUCACGGAACUAUUUAUUCAUAAAACAUAGUGCCAGUACUGCCCUUAUACUGAACAGACGUUUAAAAGAAGAAAUAGCGUUAACAAAACUUGCAAUUGUGAUGGUUGUGCUAUAUCUUAUGUUAGUGGCGCCAUUUCUGUUUUUCGACCUUUUGUCACACUUUGCUACAGGUUUAAUGCAGACUGGGACACCAUACUUUGUAGCACUGUACAAUAUUUUCACAGUCUGUUUUCAUUCAUACUAUAUGUGGCAUCAACAGAUAUUCUUCUGCUGCAACAAGCAAUACCGUCUGCAGUUUCUCGCUUCCUGUUGUUGUUGUUGUUAGCAGAAACAAAUUUGUUAAUAUGUUUGUUUACAUUGCCAUUCUGUACUAACUGAUGUAUCCAUGACUUCAUAUGGCAGUUUCCCAAAGUUUUAAAUCUAAAACCCUUUUAUUUAAAAGUUUUAUCUAUUUUUAUAUAUUUAUCUUUCAGUUAGUAAAACUUAGUUAAAGAAGUGAACAUUUCUGUACUUUUUUUAACCAAUGACCACAACAUAUGUUAUGUUUUCCUACCAGAUAAUUAUGUGAACCAAACUUUCACUAUUUUUGUAAGUUAAUUGAAGUUAAUGUAUAAAUCACUUUUAACUUUCAAUAUAUAUAAGAAAGAAAAAUAACCUUUGUAUUAUCCCAGCAUAGAAAUAAGUUGUUCAAGUUAUGGGGCCAUUGCAAAUACGUUAUCAAAUGAAAUGAGUUUGAAGAUUACUAUACCACCUCUGCAGACUCAACACACUAUUGGAGACAAAUAUUUUGGUUGUUGCAGAGAGGUGUUGCUCUGGAGAGGUUAUGUUUUUUGUCAAGUCUUACUUUGGGAAUUGCAAAAAUGUUUUCUUAAAUAAUUAUACUGGCCACGUGGCCGAGUGAUAAAUGCAUCAUAUGGAAAACCUAAACAUUGCUGACUACGUGGGUUCAAACCCUGGCAGGGGCAAACUGUUGUUUCCAUGAGCAAGAAACUGUACACUUAUUGCUUAGUACUGGUUUGUUCCAGGAACUGAUUCAAGGGUGUUUCAAUAAGCAUAUACUCAUUGCUUCAAACACAAUCAAACUAAAAUACAUUUGUAUAAACUUAUUAUGAUCUAAAUGAUCUUGAAAUAAUAGAGUAACAUUUUACUAAGAUCAUUUCUAUAUAAAUGAACCAGCUGUAUGUUUAUAAAACAAUGAAGAAUAUGCUUCACAAACACUCUCAUAUUUAUUGCAUCCCUAUCGCCAAGACUUACGAGACAUUUUUUUUCAAAUAUAUUUUUUACAUGUUGUAUUGUAUUAUCGGUAUUUGUUUUGAUAUGUCUGUAAUAAAAAAUAACUUGAUCUA